CUAAUUUAUUGAUAUGCAUAGUGAGCAAUAACUGUGUUAAUAUUGUGAAAAAGACUAAUUAUGAAUAAUCAAUAAAUUAGUAAUUAGUAUGUAUUAAAUACUAAGGAAAUGUCAAUUGUUGAGAAUUGGUAAUAUUUGACAUAAUUAUGUUGACUUGUUAAAAAAUUCACAAGUAGGCUAUUGCUAAACAUUAAUAAGUUGUUUGUUUAAGAAGCCAAAGCAGAAUCACAUAUGCAUCCAAACACUUCAAAACUCUUAUAGAGUAUAUUGUCCAAAAUCAAAGUUAAUGGCGAUUCAAUUGUCUCUGGAAACACUUCGUGAUUUGCUGAUUGAAGAAGGCAGGUUUUUAUACGGUGUAAGCGAUGAAGUUAAGAAAGUCGAGAGGGAUCUCAAAACCAUCCAUUGCAUCUUGAUGGAUGCUGACAAAUGGCGAGACAGACACAAGGCUGCAAUCUUAGGUGAUUGGAUCGAUGAGCUCGAUGAACUGGCUUCAAGAGCUGAGUAUGUGCUCGAAAGAUAUGCUAUUGAAGUCACAUCCAGAAGAGGUGGAAACCUGAUGAAAAAGUUGAAAAGGUUCGGUUGCAUAUUCGGCGAGUGCUUAACAAGCCAUGAGGUUGGAGAGGAGAUUGAAGCCAUUAGAUCCAGCCUGACCAUUCUGACGGGGAGGUUGCAAACAAUAGUCCCCGGUGGGAGAUCCUCGAAUCCAACGGACGAUCACCAACAUUACUCGAGACUAGCUUUCGAGCACGACUCUGAACAACAUUUUGUUGGUAUGGAGAAGGACAUAGCGUCUCUGGUUUCACUGGUGAAGAAUAAACAGAUUCCCAUGAUUGCAAUUUAUGGAAUGGGAGGCCUUGGGAAGACCACUCUUGCCAGGAAAAUUUACCAUCACAAGAAGGUGGUACCUUGUUUCGAAGCUCGUGCCUGGGUUUGCAGUACACAACAGUUUCAACCCAAGAUUGUUUUAAGCCAAAUUCUGAAGCAACUUCUUCUUGAUGAAGAGAAUGAACGGAUCAACGACAUGGAACUCGCUGAGGUGGUGGUGAAACUUCAUAAUUUUCUAAUGCAGAAGAGAUGCCUCAUUGUGAUUGAUGAUAUCUGGGAGACCGGUCAUUGGAACAUCUUGGAGCCAGCUUUUCCGAAAGCGGGUGAUAAAUGUAAGGUUAUACUUACCACUCGCAACAGAGAAGUUUCUCCGCGAAAAUUUUGUCUUUACGAACUCCGUUUUCUGGCUGAAGAUGAAGGUUGGGAGUUACUUCAGAAACUAGCAUUUACCACUACCAGAGGUCAGUUUCUGCCAUCCGACCUCGAACAUUAUUUAUUUUCUGUCUUGGUCUUCCAUCAUGCAGAGCCGCUAGAAACUGAACAAAGUUUAGAGGAUGGCUCUUUCCACAGUGCCAAGCUUGAGAUUGAUGAAAGCCUACCUGAAGUGUAUCACAAUGCCGAGCCCGAAACGGAGCAAAGUCCACUAGAAGCUAUUGGAAAACAAAUGGUCCAAAAAUGUGGCGGUCUACCACUAGCAAUUACAGUUCUUGGGGGGAUUUUGUGCGAAAAACAAACAUCGGGCGAGUGGAAGAGGGUCAGUGAAGAUGUUGAUUUAUAUUUGAAGCGUGGGGAUGAAAAAGUGAAACAGGUACUGGACUUGAGCUACGAUGCCUUACCUUACUAUUUGAAGCCGUGCUUCCUCUAUUUAGGAUGUUUCCCCGAGGAUCAAGAAAUAGAUACUGAAAGAUUGUAUUUAUUGUGGAUGGCGGAAGGCCUUAUUUCUUCUGAAGAAAAAGGAAGAAAAGAAACUUUGAGGGACGUGGCCGAACGUUAUUUGAAUGAACUAGCAUCUCGAUGUAUGGUUCAAGUACGAAAGCAUGAGUAUUGUUCCAGUGCGUAUAAUGCAUUCAAAUCGUGCCGCCUUCAUGAUCUGAUCCGCGAUCUUUGUUUGUCAAAGGGAAAGGAAAAAGGUUUUCUCAAGCUCAUUGAUGAGACAAAUUAUGCUCCUAUCCAUGUUGCGAGCAGAUUAGCCAUUCAUUGUGAUGGAACUGCACACGUGGAUAAUAACUAUUUCAACAAGGGAGAAGAAACGAACCUGAGAUCUUUUCUAUUCCUCUGUAAAGGAUGGCGCCGUAGAUUGCUAGUGAUUGGUUCUAAAGGCAGUGCAAUCGAUUUCAACAAGUUGAAACGUCUCAGGAUUCUUGCUCUGGAAAAUGGUGAAUUUAUAUUAUCUAACGAGGUAGGUAAUCUAAUCCAUCUGAGAUACUUGAGUUUGUAUAAGAGUUGUGUGGAAGAGCUACCAUUGUCGGUUUUCAACUUGCCGUAUCUGCAGACGUUGGAUUUGAGAACGACAAUGCAAAUAAAGGUGCCGAAUGUGAUUUGUAAGAUGAAAAGAUUGAAGCAUCUGCUUCUCAAAGGGAUACAAGUCGUUGGAGAAUAUGGAGACCAACUGAUUCUGGAUGGGUUGGAGGAGUUGGAGACCUUACAAGAUGAGUCGCAUCCUUCAUGUGUUCGGUUUGCGGACAUCCCCAGAUUAACAAAUUUGGUAAAUCUGAAAAUUGAAGUUGGCAGUAAUGUUGACCUCUCAAUCAUUGCCCAACGCAUGAGCUGCAGAAAUACCCAACUACGCGAGUCACAUCUUUCUAUUUCGAAUUGCGACUUCAAUCCAAAGAGAGGAUCGAACUAUACAAAUUUAAGGAAGAUGUUGAUGUCUCCCUCACUCGCCACUCUCAAACUCAACAACUCUACAUGUAUCAGUUUGCCACGCUAUCAACAAUGGAUGUGUGCAAAUUUGAUCGACUUCUCUCUUUACGAGGGUGGUACAAUUGAGGGUGAUUCUUUAAUGAGAAUAUUGGGAAAGUUUCCCUUGUUAAAAAGGCUUAGCUUGUCCCAGUUAAAAUUCACCAAAGCAGAAAUAAGGUGCCUUGCAACUUCAUUUCCACAACUCAAGUUUCUUAACCUCCAUUGCUUAUCCAAUUUAGAGAGAUGGGUGGUGGAUAAAGGAGCAAUGCCCAAUCUUUCUCGUUUGCAGAUUAGUUUGUGCGAGAGAUUGGAGAUGAUUCCUCAUGGAUUGAGAUAUAUCACUUCCCUCCAAGAAUUAAAUUCUGUGUUUAUGCCCAAAGAGUUCAACGAUAGAUUACGAGUGGUCAACGAUGAACCAAGAGAAGAUUAUCGCAAAGUUUGUCACGUACCAUCUAUUACACUCUAUGACGACUCUAGAGUGAAAGUCGGUUCCAUUAAACAAAACAAGUAUCACACAAAAUUUCCAGUAAGGGGGCCACACAGUUUUUAUACUGGAUGGGACAACGAUGACUCGAACAGCGAACAGCACGAGCCCCGACGCAGCGAACAGCAUGAGCCCCGACGCAGCGAACAGCAUGAGCCCCGACGCAUCGAACGUAGGGUUUCCCAACCGGUUGCCGAGAGCGCUACGAUGUAA